AUGAGCAGCUCAGUUGGCUCCAAUGUACUGCGCACUGCCGUCAACGAGUACAAAUCGACUGGUCUCCGCCGUGACGAGCUGCCGAACGACCCCAUCGACCUCUUCCGCACAUGGAUGGAAGACGCGCUGCGUCCGGACCAAGCUACCGGUCGGUCCACCGUCUCUGCACCUGAUGCAGUGUCAGUCAGCACGACGGCAGCGGACGGCGUGCCCUCGUCCCGCACAGCCCUCCUCAAGGGUCUGGACGACACGGGCUUUAUCUUCUUCACCAGCUACAACUCGCGCAAGAGCCGCGAGCUAGAGGCCACCCCGUUCGCUGCGCUCAACUUCCACUGGCGCGAGCUCAACCGCCAGAUCCGCGUCGUUGGCCGUGCCGAAAAGGUCACGCGCGCCGAGAGCGAGGCCUACUUUGCGACCCGCCCACGCGCCAGCCAAGUCGGGACGUGGGCUUGCGCCCAGAGCCAGCCAGUCGGCGAGAACGAGCUGGCUGAGGCUAUGGCCGCGGCGGAGGCCCGUUGGGAGGGAAAGCAGGUGGAGUGUCCAGAGCAAUGUGGAGCAUGGCGAGUGGUGCCGUUUGAGGUCGAGUUUUGGGCCGGGCAACCCACCAGACUCCACGACCGCUUUCAGUACGAGAGGCCUAGAGACGGAGGGGAGUGGAAAGUCCAGCGUCUCGCCCCCAAGACCCCAGAUCGACUCUGCGGCAUGCAUCUGCACAUGGAAGCACCUUGUGCCACAUCCAAACGAAGCAUAGCGGCAGCCCUGUUCUGGAGUGGAUUGAGGACGAGAGUGGGCGAUAUGGGUGGUGGGGGUGGAAGCAAACUGUUCCAACAUCACCCACUUCACGUCAACCACCUCACUGAUUACUGUUAUACGUCAACCCCCUUUUUGAUCCACAGAGCACCAGCUCGCCCUCGACGCAACCCUCCCACCCAGAUUGCGAUUGCAGGAGUGACGAUGGACGGUUCCGCCGAACGGCGUGAAAUCAUCGUCGACACGUCUAUCGUGUGGGCUGUGACAAUAGACCACAAGCAUUUCCCACACAUUGUCGACUCGAUUCUCCUUCACCCAGCCUCGUGGAUUCCCUUCCGAGCCACGUCCAACGAGUAUCGCCGCCGCAUCGAUGUCCUUCUCCAUCGCCAUCUCAUUAUCUCAGACAUGGAAUGGGAGCCUGGUCCAACCUGUAAAGAGGAGGCCACGUAUCAGUUAUCUGGCGGGCCACAUAGUACCGGUCACGCUACCAAACAAGAGGACGGGCGCCCCAUCCGCCGCGAGAUCGACCGCUCUGCCGAGUUGCUGCGCCAUACGAAAGUUCUCGACAUGCGUGAUUUCUUCAACGUUAAAGGUUGGGUCUUCAAGGCGGGCGGACAGCUGGACAUGGUUCGCGUUUUCACUGAAUUCACGCCGACUGGUAAACCUGUUACCGGGCUCUGCCCCGACAGCCCAGCCACGUUCGACUUUCAAGCCAACACGAUUGUACUGGUGCCCCUCAUCAACCAUACCAUCCGGAACACGCAAGGUGGUUUCGAAUCUCACGAUCAGAACGAACGGAAACCAGGUCAGGUGCACGGAUUCCACAUACCCAUAGACAUGGCCAAUCUUCCAACCUCUGUAGAGGGAAUCGUCUACUUCCUUCCAUGGGAAUACACUUCGGAAGGUACUCGUGCCCAUCCCGACGAUGGCUUCAUCACAAGAGAGCUGUUGAACGGACUGUUUGUCACGUUAAGAGCUUCUCAUCCCCGCUUGACCCUUGUGUCCAAAAAUGGCUGGGAUACCAAGUCGAUGGUUACAUGUCUCAUUCGUGCGGUGCGUCCCGUUGGUAGGGGGAGUGUCAGAUGUCUCGACAUGGAGGAGUACAGGACAGAAACUGGGCUCUCCGACUCGGACAUGAAACUCGAGAUUCCUGAGUAUGAGAAUAACCCAUGGGAUGGCAACAUGUCCGACUACAGUUCGCCAUUCCGCCCAGCCUCAACAAUCGUCAAGGACGAAAGUGCUAUCGGCCAGCAUCGUCUUGGAAGUCGCGAUGUGAAGCUGCUCGAGGCUCCCUUUGUCUACAUCCCUAUCAGCCGCUUGAUUUGUGAACUCUGA